AUGACUUCAAAGACAACAUUAUCAAUCCCGGAAGGAUACAAACCUAUACCAUCCACUGAACCGAGCCUCAUGCCUUUCCAUAUCGCAUAUUCUGGACCAGCCCCAAUAUCCACUUACUUUCUGGAGAAGCCUUUCACCCCGGGUGAUCACCGAAGUACUUCCAUACAAAAAGCCGCGAAAGAGGGGUCGUCAAAGAGCUUAGAUCCCUUUAAUGGCUCCCAAACUAAGGUGGAGGAAACUACAGAUGAAAAGAAUUCAGAUGCUCAACAAAAUCCUGCCCAAGACAAAAAUGAAAUGUUCUCUGCUGCAUUCCGGGGACGUAGAGUUAUUGGUCAAUUUGUACGCGUCCCAGAAGGCUUUACGGGGGUCAUCUUGACCGGAACUGGAACUCCUACAGUGUUGCAGCCAAACGUUAACACAAAGGCCUCUGUAUCAAAGCCUGCAGCCGACACUUCGAAAUCUACUGGCAGAGCAGCAGCUUUGAAGGCUAAAGCGGCUGCAAAGCUAAAGGCCAAAGGCAAACAACUCUCAUUAGAUGAUCCAGCCGACGAGAGUCAACCGCCAGAAGAUGAGUCACGGCAAGAAAUACCUAACGAGGAGAAAAUACUGUCGAACAAUGACAAUAUAAGCAGGCGAAAUUCAGUUGACGAACGUGCUUUUGAAAUUACCGCAAAAUUCCAAAGCUUCAAGCUCUGGAACCCAGACGUACCUGUAGAUGAAGGGAGCGAUGAAUAUAUACGUUCAUUGCAAGAGUGGAUGGUACUAUCUUCUGAGGUUUGUGUGUCUAUUUAA